ACGGUCGAGGAGGUGGGGAUCGCGCGACCGUAGAAUCCCUCGGAUUUUGCAGUUUCUGCGAGAUCUUGCGGCCAAUCACAUCAACGGACGACUGACUUCGGUCAGUCUAUAAUCGACAGUUUUGUCGUCCAUAUUCCAGCUGCAGUCAAUGACGCUGCGAAUUCCAGCGGAAGAGUCUUGCGGGUCCAGCGGAAGAUAUUCGGAUCGAGUCGAGAGGGUUGAACAAAUCCACUGGGACGUGAAUCGAGGUUCCUCUCCGUUCCGUUCCGUUGAUCGCGUCUGUGAGAUGUAGACAGAGACGGAAGAUCGAGUUAAGCGGUGUUAAUUAGUGAGCAAAUUCCGUGCGGAUGCCGCCGAGGCUCACGAGAUUCACCUGCGUGAUGACGAGUGACACGAAGAGCACCAUGUGUCGUUCCGUGGAGUUCGGUCUUCGCUUAGUCGGCAUAUGGCCGGGCACGUCGAUGUCGCGCAAAUUCUCGUACAUAGCUCUGAUGGCGUUGUUUCAAAUCUUUCAGUACCGAUACCUGAUCGCUCACUUCGGGGAGCACGAUAUUUCUCUUCUUAUGGACGUUCUGAGCGCGGCCAUGGUUUACAGCCUGCUGUUGAUCAAGCUAAUCAUCCUCACCUCUAAAGCUCGUCUGCUUGAUGAAAUCAUAGCAUGCUCAAUCGAGGACUGGAAAGAGCGCGACACGUCCGACGAACACGCGAUGGUCAGAAUGACUUACGCUGCUCGUCGCUUCUCCAAUUUGAUAAUCUUCUCGAACGCGAUAUCAGUUAUAUUCUAUGCGACCGGCACCCUCAUGUGGCAUCAGGACGACAAUCGGACCUACAACCGGGAACUUUUCCUUAAGAUGGACCUACCCUUCCAUGUCGAGAGCAGGUCGGUCUACAUAGCUGUCCUCGUUACACAGUUUAUUCAUCAGAUAAGCGCCGCUAGUAUCUUAGGCGUAUUGGAUUCCUUACUGUUAACUUUGGUUCUUCACGUGUGCGGACAAAUCGAUAGUGUGCAGCAUAAAUUAAGCGCGAUUACGCGAAAAGAUAUCGAACGCGAUGCAUGCGGGAGUAUCGUGAAAAUGCUAAUCAUUCGGCACCAGAGGAUUAUCGCCUUUUCUAAGAACAUCGAGGUCCUGUUCUCGAACAUCGCGUUAAUUCAAUUUCUAUCGAACACUUUGAUCAUCUGUUGCUUGGGCUUUCUCAUCGUUAUUUCCAUCGACCUCCCGAAUGGGUCGACGAUUUUGGUGAAGUCUGUAUUGUUUUACGUCGGCGUCAGUAUACAAGCGUUUACAUUUUGUUUCGUCGGGGAAUAUCUCAGUUCAAAGAGUAAAAUGAUCGGCGACGCGGCGUACGAAGCACUUUGGUACGAUCUGAAGCCGAAUCAGAAUCGCGAUCUUUUUUUCAUGAUCGUGAGAUCGCAGAAGCAUCUGACGCUCACAGCUGGCAAAUUCGUGGUUCUAUCCUUGAAGCAAUUUGGCAACAUCGUGAAAGCCUCGGCGUCAUACGUAUCGGUGUUACACGCGAUGUACUGAAGUUUUAGCGUGCUUUGUGCAGCUACUUACAUAUCUGUGUGCAGGGAGAAUGUUGUACUUCUACUACUACCGCCAACUGUACACGCAAUUUGCGAGUUUCCUCAGAGAAUGGACGAAGUUUCAUAUGAGAUAUGUGCGAAUAAACGGGGGAUAGAAUUGCUUGCUGAAACAUCGAUUUAUGAUAACUUCAAGUGCAAUAGUUUACAAGCACAGCAUAUAGUAGCUUAUAGCGUAUAAGCACAGAGUGAUAAAUACAAUGUUGUUUCUUCCGA